CGCCUUCUUCUUUCUGCUCCCUCCCCCGUCCUCCCUCAGUCCCUCCCCCCAUUUUUGGCCCCUUUUCCAUUUUUGCUCCAAAAUAAAACCAGCCGCAACGGAGGCGCAAACCCCCUCCGAACCCGACCGCAAAUUAUCCUCGCAGCUUCCGCCGCCCGCCGUGGCGUCCGCCCCUUCGACGAGAUUGUUCUGGUUCCUCGUUCGGAUAUAUGAUGAACAAGGAUACAAAGCAACUGAGUACAAGAAGUUCGGUGGUGUGACGGCACUGGGUUUUGGAAGACUAGCAGAACCAAUUUUGAUGGGCCAUCUUGGUAUUCUUGCAUCUGAAUUAGGCGAUGCAUCAGACUUUGACGUUGAUGGCAUCAACAGCCUUAGUGAGAAUGAUGUCAGUGACGAGGAGAUUGAUGCCGAGGAGCUGGCCCGUCGAAUGUGGAAAGACAAGAUCAAGCUCAAGAGGAUCAAGGAGAGGCAGCAGAAGCUUGCUCUGCAGCAGUCCUAACUGGUGAAGUCCAAGGCAAAGAAGAUAUCCGAUCAGGCGCUCCGAAAGAAGAUGGCGAGGGCCCAGAAUGGGAUUUUGAAGUACAUGCUCAAGCUGGUGGAGGUGUGCAAUGCACGAGGGUUUGUUUAUGGGAUCAUUCCUGAAAAGGGGAAGCCUGUCGGUGGUGCAUCAGAAAACAUAAGAGCCUGGUGGAAGGAGAAGGUGAAGUUUGACAAGAAUGGGCCAGCGGCGAUUGCAAAAUAUGAGCUUGAGAACUCGAUGCUGAGCAAUGCUAAGAGCAGUGGGACAAAGAAUCAGCAUAGCUUGAUGGAUCUCCAAGACGCCACUCUGGGCUCAUUGCUUUCAGCGUUGAUGCAGCACUGCAGCCCACAGCAGAGAAGGUAUCCACUGGAUAAGGGUGUCCCGCCCCCAUGGUGGCCAUCAGGGAAUGAGGCGUGGUGGACUGCUUUGGGCCUUCCGAAGGGAGAAAGUCCUCCGUACAAAAAACCUCAUGAUCUAAAGAAGGCUUGGAAAGCUGGAGUUCUGAUGGGUGUGAUCAAACACAUGGCCCCGAACUUUGAUAAGAUUAGGAAUCAGGUAAGGAAGUCAAAGUGUUUGCAGGACAAAAUGACAGCAAAAGAGAGUCUGAUUUGGUUGGGAGUUUUACAACGUGAAGAGAAAAAUGACACGUAUAGCAGCAGCGAUGAGUAUGAUGUCGACCGAUUGGAGCAGCCUCCUCGUUCUACAUCAUCCAAAGAGGAUGAAGGAGACACUCAGCCUGUUUUGCAGAUAAGAGGACCGCAAAUCUCAACUAGAAAGAAGAAGAGAAGGCGCCGUGAUGAAUCCUCCAACCAAGUUGUUAGUAAGGAAGAAAUGACUAAAUCUCAGCAGCAGAAAAGCCCCUCGGACCAUCCGCCAAUUGCUGAGGAUGAGGUUGAAGUGACACAAAGAAAUGAUAAUCCACCAGAAACCGUGAGCACUGCGAUUAGUGAUAUGAACAUAUUUUACCCAAUGGAUGUGGUGGGCAUGGCUAACCAGCCAGCAAGUCUCAAUCAUGUCCCUACAAUAGGAUCUUUGCAACAGCACGCGGAUUCACAAGGGAAUUUUCUAUCUCCUGGUGCUGCGAUCAACAACUGCAACAGUAACCAGGAUGCAAGCGCUGCUCUCAACAACAACAACAACAGUAACCAGGCUGCUAGUGCUGCUCUCAAUAACUACAGCAGUAACCAGGCUGCAAGAGCUGCUCAAUCAAGCACUUAUCUAAGCGACCCCCCUCUGGCUUGUGAAGGCAGCGACGACAUUGUCAACUCAUGGUCAGGACACUCGUUUCUGCGGGAUAUUGGUCGUGGGCCAAUUGGUUUUAAUCCUUCACCAGUUGUUCAGCCUUCGACGAUGCAGCAGCCACUACCACUGCCAACGGAUCACCAUGCGCCUAUUGUGGGUACAGGAGCGCUGUCCGAGGACGGUACUUAUAGCUAUCCUACGGCAGGCAGUGGGCAUCCGGGGACUGUUGCUAGCGAAGCCCGCCAGCUCAUGGAUGGUUCUUUCUUUGGCGAGGCCGCUGAUAAGUUUGCAGGCGACUCUUUUGGCGCACUUCCUUUGAGCCUCAUUCCUAUCAGUAGUCCGAUCCCUUUCCUCGAUGUUUUCCUGGACGACGAUGAAUUGAUGCCAUACCUGGGCACAUGACACAGUGUCCGAUACCUGAUAACUGCGGGUCGGUGGUCAAUCAUGCUUGUGCUGCCGGGAGUGUUCGUGGCGUGCUGGUGGGUGUUGCUGCAGCUACAGCUCCUGAACCGUCCCGGGCGCAGUGUCGAUUGGCGACUCCUUUGUAAGAAUAAUAAUGUACUUUAGAUCUUAGGGUGCUCGCUUGACUGUACUGUGGAUGCCAAAUGGCAUGCUACCGCCGUUAGCCUUGAACUUAGCCUGUAGGAGAUGAGUACUCGUUAGGAAGUUGUGGCAUCAUGCGGCUGGCGAAGGAUUCCCGCCUCUGGUUAAAGCAUUUUAUUUUGUUAGUGUACAUACAUAUUCUUAAUUAGUUUCUGUUGGUCUGCCGGCUGCCUGCCCA